AUGUCCCCUGCAGGCACUUCGAAUCCUUCCACAUCUGUUAGCUACGCACCGAUCAUUGGUGGAGUUGUUGGCGGGCUUGCAUUCAUCCUUGGCCUCGGAGGACUCUUCUUGUUCCUUCGUCGCCGAAGACGACAGCAAUACUCUGGAAACACCGUCAACCUGCCGGCCGGCGAAAGCGCCUAUCCAAAUCUUGAUCCCUCCUCGCGAUUGAUGUCCCAAGCACCUCGUUCUAUGCCAUUCGUCGACGACCCGUUCCGCAUCGACCCAAUUCUCCCAGAUGCCUACACUUCUCCAUCAGGCCCCUCAGCGCUCCCUCGCCCAUCUAUUUCCACAUAUGCUGACAUCUCUUCUGCAUAUCCCUCCACCGUUCAGUCAGGCUCGCGUCAUGGCAGGGGUCAUUCCGUUACUGACUCUACGUUGUGGAGUGUACCCAGUGCGCAAACCGUCGCCACCAUACACACGGAUUCGUCAUCAACGAGCCUAACAUCAACUUCAGCGUUCACAGCAUCACUUCCAUCGCGUUCGCGGCGACGCCCUCCUGGAGCAUCCACACGGAAACAGCCUCAUUCACGAAGCAAGAAUGUACCUGCUACAGAGGAUGUAGAGGCACCACCCGCAUACGAGGACAUUGAUACCAGGGAUGACUCCAUGCGAGUGGAGCAAGCCUCAUUAACAGGGAGAGCUAUAUAG